CCGAAAAUAUCCAUCUCAGCUCCCUUUCAAGUUCGGAUAAUGCUGUCAAUACCUGCAACUCCAUCUUCUUUGCUUCUAAGCCUCCACUCGGGCAACGACACGUUGUCCCUCCCGGGUUUUCUCUCCAACAGGCACUCGUUUUCUAGGGUUUCAAAAAACUUCGAGCCAAACACUCCGAACUCAAGAUUCUGCAAAAUUACUUGCAGACUUGCUAAAGCCAAAGAGACUAUUUCUACUACAAAUCCUGAUUCUUUAAUUAAAGAGCCUCACAAGUACUUUGAUCAAGUAAUAAUCACCGUCCGAUCAGGAGAUGGAGGCCAUGGAUCAGUCCUUAAUAUGCCUAACCAGAGGAAUAAUAAUAAUGGUAGCAAGGGAAAACAGGAGAAAAAGAGUAGAUAUAAGAGCUCGUAUAAAAGAGAUUUUCAUGGAUCGUUGAUUCUUCCUCUGGGUGGACAUGGAGGUGAUGUAGUGAUUUAUGCGGAUGAAGGAAAAGAUUCGUUGCUGGAGCUUCAUAGUAAAAGUAGAUUCAAUGCGAAACGCGGAGGGAAUGUUGAUGCUAUGGGCGUUUUAACUUCUCAAUUGCAUAAUGGAUUUGCCGCCCCGACUUUGCGUAUUCCUGUGCCUGUAGGUACGGUUGUGAAGCGUAAAAGAGGGAUGUUAUUGGCUGAUUUAGCGCAACCAGGGGAUGAAAUACUUGUUGCGAGGGGUGGACAAGGAGGGGUUAGUUUGAUUGAAGCGCCAGAGCAUAGAAAGAAAAGAUUAAUGACAUUAACAACGAAUGUGAUGAGAGAUGAUAGUGAUAAGGUUUUAAUUCUCGGUCAAUCUGGGGAGGAAGUCAGUUUAGAGCUAAUUCUCCGAGUUGUUGCUGAUGUUGGUCUAGUGGGACUUCCAAAUGCCGGAAAAUCAACCCUUUUAGCAGCUAUUACGCUUGCAAAGCCAGAUAUUGCUGAUUAUCCUUUCACAACAUUGAUGCCAAACCUUGGACGCCUCAAUGGUGACCCAGCUUUAGGUGCAGGGAUGUAUUCAUCUGAAGCAACUUUGGCAGAUUUGCCAGGCCUUAUAGAAGGUGCUCAUCUGGGGAAGGGUCUUGGCCGCAAUUUCUUGAGGCACCUUAGAAGGACUCGUGUGUUGGUCCAUGUUGUUGAUGCUGCUGCUGGGGACCCCGUGAAUGAUUAUAGAACUGUCAAAGAAGAAUUGAGGAUGUACAACCCUGAGUACCUUGAGAGACCAUAUGUAGUGGUGCUAAAUAAGAUUGACCUGCCUGAAGGAAGGGAUAGGCUUCAAUCUUUGACUGAAGAAAUACUGAGAAUUGGUUGCGAUGAGGUGCCUUCUGAGCCAAAAAUGACGUCAAAAGAUGCAGUUCAUUCAUUUUCAACUGAAGCUGGCAAUGCAGAUAAGUUGCCUUCACAGAUGGCAAAUGAAGAUAAAAAGGAUAAAGAGUUAGAGGACUAUCCUCGUCCGCUCGCUGUUGUGGGUGUCAGUGUUCUGAAAGGAAUCAGAGUAAAUGAGAUGUUGAAGGAGAUACGGGCCGCCUUAAGGAAGUGCAGAGAUUCUCAUUAGGCAUUGGAACCAAGUAUGAAGACUGUGAGAGCAAUGUAGUUGCAAAUGUCCAACGGCCAUCGGUUUGUCAACUAAAGCUUAACAUGGAUUGAUGGAUAAACCGUAUAAUCAUGUUAGCUUCUUGUCGCUCGAGAUCUGCCAACUUGCAGAAUUGCAAUAUAUAUGCUGAAAUUCUCACCAAGCUGGAUAUGCAAUUCAUGCUCAGGUGCUUACUAUGACCCAAUUUUUGUUGCCCUUUCAUAACAACCAUCGCUUCAUUUUGGGCCCAAAUGAGACCGUUCUCACUAGCCUCUAUGCAACGUUUAUGUAGAUACUUUGUAUCGAAACAGCAUUUUUGUUUGUUACAGAUCGGCGUACUUGUCA